CAAUACCAUGACGUUUUGCAACGUGUUGGUGAUUAUAUUCAGCAAACAAAGCCAAUCAAAUGUUCCUCAGGUUCAUAUAGUCCGGUUUAGACACAGUGGAGAGUACCUGGGAUGUAUCAGUGGUGACCACCAGUACGGACAUGGACCUCGAUCAGCAUGUUUAUGUCAACAGCUUCUCCAUGAAGCGUUCCAUCAUAGCAGCCCAGGCACUGAAGAACCCAGGAACUCGACUCUCAGGCUCUGAGUCUACAGAGAGCCGAAAACACAGACCGGCUGUAGUGUGUCUGGGGCUGCUGUGUUUCCUGCUGCUGACGGCCCUCAUAGUGCUGGCUGUUUACCAUAUAGGAGCUGUUAACAGUGCUGAAAAGAAGCAGCAAGUUCUGGCAGCAGAAAGGGACCAGUUACUGUCUAACCAGAGUGUGCUCAGUGCGGAGAGAGACCAGCUGAAGAACACGUACACCAGCUGCAAUCACAUUAAGAACCAAUUAGUCAAUCGCGUCUGUCCCAAGGGCUGGAGUCUGGAUGUCAGCAUAAACUGUUACUAUGUCUCCAACGGAACAAAGAGCUGGAAUGACAGCCGUGAGGACUGCAGGCAGAAGGGAGCGGAUCUGGCGAUCAUCAGAAGCCCACAGGAACAGGCAUUUAUUGUAAAUUUGAAAGGGAGCUUCUGGAUUGGUUUGAGUAAAAAUGAAAAAGACAGAACAUGGAAAUGGGUCGAUGGUAAAGCAGCUCCUACAAAGAAUGGAUACUGGAAUCCUGGGCAGCCAGACAACCACCAGGGGAUUGAGAGAUGCGUGGAAUCCAGUAGAUUCUAUCUUCCGAACACUCAGAAGGGAUGGAAUGACCUUCCUUGCCAGAACAAAAUGCCCUGGAUCUGUCAGAAACAGCCCAGUGGUUUGCAAAGCUAAUUCUCCAGUCUCACACUCAUCCUGUUAAUAGGAAUCCAGUAAGAAAUGUCUAUGUGUAUUUAUAUACAGCAAGAAUACUUGGCAUGCCAUAUUUUGGCCCUUUCUGCGUGACAAAUUGUUGUGAAAUUGUUUGAUAUGUUCUCCUUUUUAGAUUUUCCAUAUGUGAUGAUUAGCUGCAUGUACAAAUUACAGACAGUAUUGAAAGUAACAUCAACUGGCAUGUGAACCUGAGUUGCAAAAUUGUCACUUGAGAAAAUACUGUGAUGUGUCAGAAUUGUGUACCGAAACACAUUUUAUCUCCAUUGACAUUAAAAUACUAAUAUUAAAGAUUGUUUUUAGCAUUACUUGUA